UCAAAGGUAUCCUAAAGUACCUGUUUUCACUGAUGAUCAUGGUAAAGUUGGAAUUAGUUUUGAUUUUAUGCAAGUGAGCAUUGGUGAAUUAUAUAAAUUGCCGAAAUAUGUUAAAGCUCUUAAG